GCAAUAAAAUUAAAGUUAAUAACAAUAAAAAAAAAUUAAAUCAACAAAUAGCAAAAAUAAAAAAAAGACAACGUUGUAUAUCAAAAACAAAAUCAAUGGAUGCUGCAGGAGAUCAACAGUCACGUGAUCAGUUUACAGUAAGCGAUGGUUUAUUGCUUCCUUAUUGCCAAUGAUGUUUUAUUGAUCCUGCUUGUCGAUCAUCAGUUGCCUUUAUAUAUAUAAACGAGCUGUUGAUCAGAUCCAUCACAUUAAAUUUGGAAUAUUCGGCUAAGCAGCUCUGCGCUCUUCAGAGCCGCGUUUCGCCGCAGGCAUGACUGCGACUUUCAAAGUGCUCAGUUUUGUGGUGAUUGCGGCGAUGGCGUGCAUGUGCACGGGCUCGCCGGGGUUUCCGACAGCGCACGAGGCACAGGAAGUGUCGGAAUCUCGCGAGAUCAGGGGGCUGCAGGUGCAGAGAGGCGCUCAGAGUCGCGGCGCGCGAGAGGAGCGUUUUGCGCCUUUACCAGAGGACCAGCGAAGGUUUACAUCCAAACAGAUACUGCAAGCUCUGUCGGAAAUUAUCCAGCGGGACGACUGCAUUUCAGACUAUCAGGGCUGGGUGGACUUCGGGCGUCGCAGUACAGACUGAAAUUAAUAGGACAUGUAGGCUAACAUUGUAAUGACCAGCACCGCUCUGCAUUUCAUUAAAUUUAUUAUAUUUAACGCAAACUCAGACUUGUACUUCAGUUUUUGUGUUUUUUAUGAACUGAUAUGUAGGGAAUAACACAUAACGGGGUGUGCUGUUAUAGAAAAAUAAUCCGCGCCGGGUUGGUGUGAAGCGCCUGGCCUGGAUUAUUUGUAUAUGUUGAAUGCUCGAAUCUGAUUGGUCAGAAGCUGUUCAUUAUUUUCAUAUAACAACAAGAAAGUAGUUCCGACUGUAACAUGACCCAUAGGUUAAUAUCAAUGCGCUCGGUUUAGGACAUAUUUAUUUAUGGAGUCUCAAGUGUAAGCGCUUUGCAACAGUCACAGAGCUUUGCAAAGGUUCCUGGCUCAGGAAAGUCUGUGUUUUCACUUUCCGGUUUCUCUGUAAAAUGACAAUCCACUUUUUUUAUUUUCUCCUGAGAGAGAGAGAGAGAGAGAGAGAGAGGGUGGUGAUGGAAUGACUUUUUUCUCAGCUAUACCCGGAACUAACGUGUCUCUCAGACGUUCCCCAACAUUAAAUCUAACUAAAAACCAGUACAAUGCAGUGUUUUGUACAUUAUUAGAUUAGAAAUUGUAAUUUGGCAAAUCACUGUGGCAUGAGCGGAAUAACACAUGACAGACUGUGCUGUUGUACAAAAAUAGUGCACUUCAGGGUGGUAGAGACACUCCACUUGCACGUCGUGCUGCAUCACACCCCCCCUAGCAUGCAUUAUUUUUGUAUAACAGCACGGUCUAUCAUCUUAUUCCUUACUUAAACAAUGCUCAUCAGGCUUAUGUCUGAUUCGUUAACUACAAAUGAUUUUAAGAUCAUAGGAUGUAGAAAAAAGGUACUAAACUGUACCUUUCCUUUUCACUGGGAUGGUACCCUCAUGUGUACAUCUUUUGUACCUUUAGUACCCUGUUACAUGAUAAUGUGAAUGCACUUUAUGUUUAAAAAUGAUUUAAGGAAUGUAAUUUGACUUGAAGGACCACUCGUACCUUUAAUCAGCUUUUAGAGUAAUACGUUAACGGUCCACUACGUGCACCUUUUCAGGAAAAAUAUACACAUUAAAGGUGCAAAAGGUACCCAAGUACCCUUAAAGUCACCAUGCCAUCGACAAAGAAUGUACUGAGAAUGAGAAUGUACAACA